GUUUAGAAAGAAGUCUCAUUUCUAUUUUGACAAUCUAUGCAAUGAGGCUAUCGUCACAAGCAAAAUCUAGACGUCCUCACCGUGUGCCUUUUGAUCCACCCUGGCAUCCUCGCCGGGCGUCUUUUGACCCAUCCUGGCAUUGCUGCCAACAAUUCUUGAUCCAUCCAGGGCAUUGCUGCCACAUCUAUCGAUCUACCAUUUUUGCCGGUGUACGCCAUUGCUCAUCAAUGUUCAUUCUCGUCAAUCAUCUCGAGAAACGACACGGGAAAGGAAAGUUGCUCGAGUUGGCAGGAUACGAAAUCCCAAUUGCCAGAAGGAAAGGAAAGGUACUUGAGUCGGCAGGAUAUGAAAUCCCAAUUGCCGAAAGGAAAGAGAUGGAAAGAAAGGGAAAUGCCAAAGGAAAAAGAUUACCAAGUCAUUAUUCCUGGUGUUUGCCAUCACCAAGGCGGCUUGAGAAUGUCCUCUGGGAAGCCAGAAGAGGCUCUUGUGUCCAAGGCAUAUCGACCAUGAAGGUCUGCCAAAGUUCCAAGCCAAUCUGUUGUGAAAAGAAAAAAGAGAAAAGGAAAAUACGGCGUAACAAGACAGCCAGUGAGGAAUGUUUGGUUUCCUUCCUUUUCCGUGCCCACUUGUCUUUGCAGCUCGAUGUGUCCGAGAAGUCUCCUUCUUUGUAUGCGGGAAGAACUUGUCUUGACUUCGACGGCACAGAAGGCAGGUCGGGUAUGGCUUGUUGCAAUGUGAAGCUGUCACAUGAUUCGUUCUCGAUUCUGAGUUCGCAAUGUCGAAAUAACCCUCGAGGGGCCUGAUCAUCCAAUAGAUGUCUAAGGAACCAGCGUUAGUCUGGCGAAAUUUGUUACUGGGAAUCAGUAGAUACUUACC